AUGACUGAAGAAGAACCCACGCUCAUCUGCAAAACCUCUGCGCUGGCCAAAUAUCUGCUCCGCCACUGUGGCUCUCUGGCCAGGCCGAGACCGGCCGUGCGGCCCAGGGAGACCCCACCUCCAGCCCUGUCCGCUCUGCUGUGUGGACCAGCAGGAGACACAGUAGAGUUCACCAGGGACAAUCUGCUGCUGAGAGAGGGGAUUGUAGCGGUGGACUGGGCUCUGGAAACCGGACUGGCUGAGAGGAUUGGGGGUGGGAGGAGGAAGGAGCAUCAGUUGGGGAAAGGCGCUGGGUUGUUUCACCUCGACGCCUCUGUCCUUCUCCUCAUCCCUCUCAUGGGGAGGGUGAGCCCUCACUUGAAGGCCCUGUGCCAUCAGGCCAUACGUCAGGGCUUUGACGUGGUGGUGUUCCACCCCCGGGCCACAGCAGGGUGCCCGCUGACCACAGCACGACUCACUGAGUUUGGAGACCCGGCUGAUCUUGAGCAGGCAGUGACCUACAUUCACAGCCGCCACCCGUCCUCCGAGCUGGUGGCGGUGAGUGAGGGUUCAGGUUCAGGAGUCCUUCUCUCCUACCUGGGGGAAUGUGGAUCCAGCACAUACCUGACUGCAGCUGCUGCCAUCUCACCUGUGCUCCUGGGCCAGCUGUGGUUCCAAACAGCCAUGCCUGCCAUUUAUCGCUGGGGUGCGCUGUUUCACCGGAAACUGCAGCUGAGGAGAUACGCAAACUCCUUCAGAGGAGUUGUGGAUGUGGACCGGGCCCUCAGCUCUUCCUCCCUGAGAGACUUUGAAGAAGCUCUUUACUGCUCUUCGGCCCAACUUCCAGAGAAACCUCCAGUAAACUCUCUAAACAGCUCUGGACUGAGGUCAAGACCUCAUUAUGAGAGGGAGGUGGCUCCCUCAGCGGCCUGGGCACUGGGGGAAAGGGCUCAGCCAGCCGAGGACUGGGACAGCUACUGGGAGAGGAACGAACCCCUGAGAGAUGCAGAUGAAGUGGCUGUCCCCGUGCUCUGCAUCUGCAGCCGUGAUGACCCUCUCCUCCCUCCUGCCUCCACUCUACCCAUCGCCCUCUUCCAGAGCAAUCCGCACUUCUUUCUGGUGUUGACGGACAAAGGAGGGCACUGUGGAUUCACUCGAGACCGACAGGAGAUGGAGGGAGGGAAGGGUGAGAAUAAGGAGGUGAAGGAAGGUAGCUGGAGUCACAUCGCAGUUCUGGAGUACUUCAGAGUGGUGGCUGAUUUCCUAAGAGGUGAGAGGAGGGAUGGGACAAGCUGGGGGGGUCCACUGGGGGGAAACAUCCAGGCUGGGCAGAGGAACAGGGGCAGCACCAUGGCCCCUCUCCGCAGGAGGAGAGCCACCGUGAUGAGGAGGCCGAGACCUCAGGCACCAGAACCGAGCAGCGUGGAUGCAGAAGGAGAGAACUUCACCUGGAAGAGGUCCUAUACACGCUGAGGAUGAAGAUGGUGGAGGAUCAGAAAGAUUCUAUUGACUUUUGGACUUCGUCAAUCAAACGUCUGGAAGAUAAAAGCAGCCAAGUAAUGGACAGCUAUUGGAAAAGAUAUUUUAGUUCAGGAGACAAAAAAAACGUUUUUUCUUCAACAAUUAUUCAUGUUGAUCAUGUGGAUAAUGGGUUAAGACAAACUAAUAUCCCUCAUGAUAGAAUAAAUGGUCCACGAUAACGAUAUCACCAUACAGCGAUUCUGCAGUAAUCAUGCAAGACAAUCGUAUAAUGACUCAACUAAACAAAAUGCCCCUAAAGAGUUGAAGUGCAGGAUUCAUUCUGUAAUUUAGUGUCAGUUUCAGAGUUUGACACAAACUGAGAUGAACCAAUGGACAAAAAAUUGCAUAAAGUUGAAAAUUCUAAUGUC